UUAUCCGCAAGUCACUUCUGAGGCGACUCCCUAAAGAUGUGCAGUUACUCUGUGUUUUGGAGCUGCUUCGGAAGCCGUUGCCCACGUCCGCUCAUCGUGACUUUGACAAUUUGGGGUACACUUUGCGAAAGGCCUAGUUUUGUCAGAAGACUUCCCUCCCCACGCCCUCUCCCUUCCACUCGAAGACAGUCACCCGGGUCGGCGGUGGCCAGGACAUGGGGUCACCAGUCCUACGUUUUGUCUUCGUGAAGGUGAUUCUCCGGAGGAGACAGUCUCUGAAUCCCAGUGGGGAGAGAAAAACAACACAAAAGCCAGACCCACCGACGUGGGCUCUGCCUGCUCCCCGGAGGGUUCGCCUUCCCGCGGCGCCAGCCGCCCCACCCUCCGUCGCCGGCUGGAAUGAAAUAAAGACGCCGCUGCUGUCGCUAACCCCGACACAGGCUCCAGCCGCCCGGCCAGCGACCUCCCCUCUGCCAUCAGCUGCCUUUGGAGUCUCGGCCCUGAGACUCGUAGGCGGUCCCCGGGGAAACCGCCCGCGCGCACCGCGCGCUCCCGGCAGCACCUCCCGGCCCAGGCGGCGGUCUCCUCCGCAGCUAUUAUGAAUAAUGCUGCUAUGGGCAUA